AUGGUUGAUAAAACGUUGGCAGCGACCUCCCCUCUAGCACACCAAGAAGUCGACUCCAUUCCCUUUGCAUCAGUUUCACUCGUUGAUAUGUUGCAUCGCUUCUCGAUCCCUUUGGACUCACCUCUAGCUAAGAAAGUAGCAAGGAGCCUUCACAUGUGUGUGUCUCCCCCACAAAGGAGCGAACACAAGUUUUGUGCCACAAGCCUCGUGCCCAUGCAUGACUUUGUCUCAUCGAUCUUGGGGCCUAAAGCUAAACCCCAAGUGUUGGCAGCUACCUUGUACAUUGGAGAGAAUCGUCCUCCCCUUGCUUGUCACUUGGACACCUCUAACAGGGACCCUAACAAUGUUUCUUUCAAGGUGCUCGCCAUCACGCCAGGCUCUGAACCUGUUUGCCAUUUCUUUCUAGAGAGUCACUUAGGCUUUCAUUUCCACUUCUCUCGAAGCGGUCAUGUCAUCAUGAUCCUAACCAUGUUGGAUAAUUUGAAUGCUAUCGUGGUUACAUGUAAUUGUGUUUCUGUGUUUGUAACAAAGGCAUUCCGUAUGUCGAAAUAA